UUUCUGGGAAGCUCACACAAGACUUCACCAGUGGUAAAAAUCAUCUACACUGUGCGAGCCAUUCAAGGUUUCCCAGCCAUGUCCACUAGAACCCUUACCUUGUGUUUAAUGCUUUAGGGAGCCAUUCGACGUCACACAGCAUGGAAUCUUCCCAUUUGGGUUGCCAUGGCAUUUGAUGGUGUGCCAUCAUGCUUCAUUGUGGAGUUGAGAUGGACCUAAUGUGGACAAUAAAUCAUAGUCUAAAUUAAGGAUGUAGGAGGCAAAUUCCAAAUGGUAUCUUCUCUUUGAGAUGCUGGGGGCUUCCAAACUUGUGAUAUGAUGUUACAUGGUAAAACACAGUGGACUGAAUUGUUUCCAUGUGAUCUCCAUGUGUUAAUUGUUCUGUAUUUUGUGAUUUCUUCUCUACACAGCUGUUUGCUAGUGCUCUUUUAAAUUUUUUUCCUUCAUAAAUGGUUCUUAGGAUGAUGGUUUCUGCAGGGUUUUUGAGCACAAACCAUUAAUUGAGGGAAAGAGAGGGGCGAGCUUCACGUUCCUGUCGUCAUGAGAGUUCAGAGAAGAGUAGGCAUGGAUCUUGAUACAUAACGUGGUUCAAUUAAUUUUUGAGUCGAACUGGUAGUGUAACACAGGCAUUCAAAAUUUUGAUUAUGGAAGGUCUUAGAUUUGAACCUUAAGCACAUCUAUUCUCCUAACAUUUGAAUCCAUGUCUAAAACAGUUGUUAAAACAAACAAUUGUAUACAUCAUCUUUCUCCGGAAUUUGCAUUGAUUUAGAUCUCAUUAGUAUUGUGGGUAUCUGUACAGGGAUAUUAGCAAUUAAAUAAUCUGUUCUCCACUUUUUUAGGGUUCCAUGAGGAUUAAAACCUCUGAAUUGUUGAUCAAAGGAUCCUAUUACCCAUAGUUAUAAUUAAAUUUGGCACAGCAUCCCUGCAAAUUGGAUCAUGAUCUUCCUGAGUUUUGGAUCUGCAUCCAGAAUUGGCAGCAUCACUGCCAUGAAACUUUACCAUCUAAACUAUCCCCAAGAUGUUACUUGGGGAGUCGUGGACAAAUUUCUUAUUUGGAUCAAAUCCCUCUCCUAGCUGACUGAUGCAAAAAUUUUCAGUGGGAUUAGCAUGAAGAUUUAUUCUACAGAAAGAAUUCAAAAUUUUCUGACAUCACAGACGCUUCAUGGUCCACAUAUAAGAGUCUUCUCUAUGGUAAUGGAGUCAGCAGAGGACCCAAAGCUUGGCUGUGUCAACUGCUUACAAGAAAAAGGAUCUCGAUUGAAUUAUAUUUGCCUUGUUGACUCAUUCUUCACGAGUCAAAAGGGACCCUUUUCUUAAUGCUCUGAAAUUUAGUGGCCACUCCAAGCCAAUGGUAAAUUCAUAGUUUGACAUUUAGCACAGCUCCAUGAUUUAUUUAUACACCAAAUUUGGAGUUGUCUAGCGUAUGAUAACAGCUAACAAACUUCUGGGGAAGACCAGUGGAAGUGGCGUCCAACCACGUAUCACUAGAGCAUUGGUGAAGUAGUCAUGGUUACCCGCUUAGUCAACCCAGUGCCACGAGAGUCAAGCUUGUGAGUCUGGCAUCAAUCCUCUUGUCAAUAUAAUAAAAGGCAAUAAAAGGCUCUUUUCUUGUCAUUUUGAUCCUCAUUGAUCCAUCUCUUUGUCUUUGUUCGUGUAUUUCUUUCUUCACAGGGAACUUGGAUAAAGUCCACCUUUGCUGAUGACUUCUACAGUUCUACUUCAUCAAUAUGCAUGUACGCUGCUUUCAAUAAGAGAAAAGAUUUUCCCCGACUUUCCUGAGAUUCCGAUAAAUGGAGCGACGAAGUCAAAUCCCCCAUUAAAGUUAGCAGACAAGCAUAUGGAGUUGUUUAUCAAAUAAAAUCAAAAGGUUAUUCUUUUCUCCCACAAGGUUGCGUCCUGGAGCUCUGCGGUUCUAAACAUUCUGUUGGCUGAAAUUUUCAACUUCAAACAAGGGUGGAGGAUAUAGAAGAGGGGCAUUCUUUUGGAUGAUAUCUCUGAAUAAUGCAUAAUACAAUUAUAAAAUCCCCCAAUUGAAGUCACAACAAGGGUCUCCAUUCAGCAUCAUGGCUUCUGGUAUUUUAAAAUCUGUCAGAUUUUAUGAUGAUCUUGAAAUAGACAAACCCGCACCAUCUGAGAACGGCAGUGACUUGGAGCUCAUCGACGAGGCCAAUGAGAAUCAAAUUCAUGAGUCAUGCUUGAAGAAGGCUGGGGAGAAUACAUUUGUAAAGCCCUUGCAUGAGAAAGAACUUUCCAGAGUCUUCUCUGAGGACUAUGAGGUGGUGAAGAAGAAGAUAUUCGAUCCUAGAGGACCUGUCAAAAACCGAUGGAACAAAAUUUUCUUGGUAUCAUGUUUGAUAUCUCUUUUUGUGGACCCUCUGUUUUUCUACUUACCAGGGAUGAAGAAAGGCAUGUGCAUGGAUAUAAGUCAAUCCCUUGAAAUAGCCCUCACAGUCGUUAGGUCAACUGUGGAUACAUUUUACAUGAUUCAGAUUUUUGUUCGAUUUAGAACAGCUUAUGUUGCUCCUUCCUCUCGUGUAUUUGGGAGGGGAGAGCUGGUUAUAGACCCUUCAAAGAUCGCUUCAAGAUACCUGCAUAAAGACUUCUGGCUUGAUCUUGUAGCUGCUGUGCCUUUUCCACAGAUGCUGAUCUGGGCAGUAAUCCCAAAUCUAUGGACUUUGAGGACAAUCAAUUUAGGACUGGUUCUUCACCUCAUUAUCAUUUUUCAGUACCUCCUGAGGCUCUAUAUCAUCUUUCCACUCUCAUCUCAAAUUGUGAAGACCACAGGGGUGGUGACAGAAACAGCAUGGGCAGGAGCAGCCUACAAUCUGAUUCUCUAUAUGUUGGCAAGCCAUGUCGUAGGAUCCUGUUGGUACCUAUUGUCGACAGAGAGGCAGGAAGAGUGUUGGAGAAAAGUUUGUAGUCUUCAAGAGUCAGAAUGCAACUAUUGGUUUCUUGAUUGCAACAGUUUGCAAGACCCUCAUAGAGCUGCUUGGUUCAAAUCAAGCAACAUCUCAACUCUGUGUGACCCAAGUGGUGACUUCUUUCAGUUUGGAAUUUAUGCUGAUGCUCUCUCUUCUGGAGUUGCAUCCUUGAAGUUCUUCAACAAAUUCUUCUACUGCCUCUGGUGGGGCAUGAGAAACCUGAGCUCUUUAGGACAGAAUCUUUCGACAAGCAUGUGCGUUGGAGAAAUAAAUUUUGCUAUUAUUAUUGCAAUUCUUGGAUUGGUGCUUUUCGCCCUGCUUAUUGGGAAUAUGCAGACAUACCUCCAGUCCACAACUGUGAGACUAGAAGAGUGGAGGAUCAGGAAGGCUGAUACCGAACAAUGGAUGCAUCACAGGCAGCUACCACGUGAAUUAAAGCAGAGCGUUCGAAGGUACAAUCAGUAUAGAUGGGUUGCCACCAGCGGAGUUGAUGAGGAAGCUAUACUUAGAAGUCUCCCAUUGGAUCUCCGGCGAGACAUCAAGCGCCACCUCUGCCUUGACCUAGUUCUAAGAGUGCCACUGUUUGCUCAGAUGGAUGAGAGGAUGCUAGAUGUAAUAUGUGAAAGACUGAAGCCUGGUCUAUGUACUCCAGGCACUUGCCUGGUCCGGGAGGGUGACCCUGUCAGUGAGAUGCUCUUCAUUGUCAGAGGCCACCUAGAUUCUUACACUACCAAUGGUGGCCGCACCGGGUUCUUCAAUUCUGGCCGCAUUGGCCCCACUGACUUCUGUGGCGAGGAGCUGCUGACAUGGGCACUGGACCCGCGUCCAGGUGUCAUUUUACCGUCCUCUACGCGCACAGUUAUGGCCCUCACUGAAGUGGAAGCUUUUGCCCUCAUUGCUGAUGACCUGAAGUUUGUAGCUUCUCAGUUCCGAAGACUGCACAGCAAGCAGCUGAGGCACACUCUCAGGUUUUACUCCCACCAGUGGAGGACAUGGGCUGCAUGCUUUAUACAAGCGGCUUGGUUUCGCUACAAGAGGCGGAGAGAGGCGUCUGAGCUUAAGGCUAAGGAGAGUUCUGCGGCCUCUGGGCCUGACCAGGGAAUCGAGCAAAAGGCAGGCUUAGCAGUCUAUGCUGUAAAACUUGCAGCCAGCACUAGGAGGGGUGGAUCCGAUUUUGACAUCCGCCCAUUGCAAAAGCCGAUGGAGCCUGAUUUUACAGUAGACGACAGAUAAGCUGUUGUAUUAUAGGAAAGGUCAUUACAUUGAUCGGGGAGUAGUAUAUAUAGGCAGUUGUCUUGAGUUCAAUUUGCCGAUUCGUGGGGUGAGGGAGCUGUACUUAUAUUAGGUGAACUCUAGCUCUUAUUUUGUCUAAAUGAUCAUUUCAAUUCAAGAAAAUGGGCAUUCCAUUGA